AUGGCUUCCUCGGCACUUCUCCGAAAGAACAUGCUGAAGCAGUCGGGCUUCUUCUUCCGAACCGGAAAUCUAUUCUCCUCUGAACCCCUCGCCGGUAAGGUAUACGAGGCCUUGCUCGGCCGAGCACAGCAACGCCAUUCCAGCCUCGACGAAGCAAAGAACCAGGUAGCCGAACUGAUCCAGCAACUAUUUUCCGGUUGUAUGCACCACGACGUGCUUUACAGAGCCCUGCGCGGGGGUGAGAUCUUCUGGAGCGCCGUUUCGGCUGAAUGGCGCGCCGCUGCCGACCUUGAGGCCAGCGAUGUUCGGGAGAUCGUCGAGAUCUUCGUCCAGGCACGCUAG